UUCGGAUUAAUACUAAUGGAAGACGUAUGAACAUCUUUAACUCCAUAGGACUUACAUUUUAAGAUUUAGAUGUAGGAGAUGCCAUCUGCUCCAUCCAAACCAUUAAUUCAAACAUCAACUGACGAACCAACUAAACUGUCUGUAGCUUCAACUUCAGAAUCGAUUCCUCUUUAAACAUCAAACUAUGAUUUGAAUCAUGCAUCACAUCCAAAAGCCUGCAUUUUUACAUUUUUAUUCAAAGCACUUGCAUUAAUAUUUUAUCUCAUAUUUGGUGAUAGCAUUUGGUCAUUCAUUUUGGUGAUAAUCUUUUCAGCAUUUGAUUUUUGGACAGUCAAGAAUAUAACUGGAAGGUAUUAGAUUUACACCUAAAAUGUAGAUUGUUGGUUGGAUUAAAGUGGGAGAAUAUAAUUUUAGAAGACGGAUCUUCAAAAUGGGAAUUCUACUCUAUGCCAAACAAAUAGGUGAAUGCAGUGGAUAAGACCUUCUUUUGGACAGCCCAAUUGGGAUUUACUUUGGCUUGGGCAAUAUUUACGUUUUCCAACAUGAUCUCAUUUACAUUGAUGAAAGUAUUUCUGCUUUGCAAUUAAAUUAGUUUGUAAUAGACGUAAUCGGAUUGUCAUUAUGUUGGACAAAUUUGUUUGGUUACUAUAAAUGUAAUGGAGAUCAUAAAAAGAAAAUGAAAGAUUUGUAAGGUGACAUUACAAGCAAAGUAGUUACUUAAUUUGUUGGCUAAAUGAUGUCGAAAUGAAACCAUUAUAUGUAUAAUUAUAAUUAAUAUUGUUCUGAA